AUGUACUUCCAACGCCACCGCGAGGAGCAGAUCACCUCCACCAACAGCUCAUCCCGCGGGGCCGCCUCAACGCUGACGGACGGCGCGAGUGGUGGGGCAUGCCAGGCGCACCGCACCCUCGAGGCCGUCCUCGACCACAUCGAGACCGGCAACGUACCGCGCCUCAAGUACCCGCCGAGGCCGUCCUUCUCUCACCGCCGUGGUAGCUCCUGGACGCCACGGCGGAUGGAGCCGGGGUCGUCCUCGUCGUCCGGCUCUGGCUCGCCAACCGCGCUCCGCCCCCUCAAGCCCGAGCCAGAGGAGAUGCCGCUGGGGCGCCGCACCCGCAGCGACGCCCUCGUCAUCAACGAGGGUGGCCGGCCGUCCCCGCGUGGCUCCCUCCGCCUGGUCCGGCCGAAGCCGGAGCCGGGGCUGCUCCCAGUGAAGCGGAAGCACGUCGAGAUGGCGGCCCCCCGAGUCUUCCCUCAAGUGGGCGAAGGAGGACUAUGUCCGGGAGCAGGGUCUCUGACAGGGAAGCUUCGGGAGCUAGUUGAUGCCGCGGUGACAAGAGGUGUUGAUAUACUUUCUGUCCAAGAAACUAAAUGGAGGGGACAGGAGGCGAAGGGGGUGGAGGGUACCGGCUUCAAGCUGUGGUACACGGGGACGGCUGAAAGCAAAAAUGUCCUAGGCAUCUUGAUCAACAAGAGCCUCAACGUCUCUCGAUCCCCUCCUUCCCGAGAAACCCUAGGGAGCUGGUGUCCCCCUCUCCCCGAUCCAAAUCCCUCCUCCGCCGCCCUCCUCCCCCAUCCAGAUCCAGAUCCCUCCCCACCCCUCCCAUCCACUCCCGCAGCCGACGCCCCACCCUCACCGUCGACGACCCACGCCGCCGCCGCACACCACCGCGCCCUCCCCUCACCCUGGCGCAAUUCAAUCCAACCCCGCGCGCACACCGCUGCCGCCGCCGUCAACCCCUUCCUCCCUCCCCUCCCUCACACCCAUGGUGUUCGCGCUCAAGGCCUCCGCCUCCCCCGCCCUCACCACUGCCUCCUCGGCGGCGUUCCCCUCCUUCUCAGCCGCCUCCGCGGCGCCGAGGGGCCGCGCCGCCACGGCCAGGAGAGUCUCGCUCUACGGGGCCGCACCCGCGACCUGCUACCUCGCGCCUGCGACAACUCCGGCGCUGCUCCACCCGCGCCCGUGCCACCUGCCGCUCCCGCCCCGGCGCCGGCGCCGAGGCCAUCCCCGCCCACCAUGACUUGGACGCCAUGUGGGAUGCCUGCCUCGACCUCUCCAUCCGUCAUCGCCUAUGCCCCUCACCGGCUUCGGGGGCCUCAUCCUCUUCUGAACCAUCGUGGUCUGCGUCACUACUGGGGCAGGAGAGGAAAGACUGUUGGUGUCUCCAAGAAGCGAUAAACUGCUUCAGAAAGAUCCCCGCAUAGCUUCACUACUACUGUGUUGGUCCAUUUCCAGAAUCGUAAGGAGUGUUCUUGUUUAGACGAUCACCUUGGAUGAUGCUUUUGCUUAAGGAGAGGCUCAAGAAGAUCAGGGAGCUCCACAUCCGAGUUUCAGCCAUCCUCUACAGCAAGGAGCUCUGGGCCAAAGGAGCAAGCAGCGCUGCUAGUUCCUUGAGGCCAGAUCGAGUAAGAUGGCGCACCAUGGCGUGUGGUGGCGUAUUUUGCUUCCGAGAACAGUACUGUUUAUUUGAAGUGAGAUGUACUCAUCUAGUGCCUGGCAAAAACUGAAGGAUGAAGUGUCAUGUACUGUCUAUGUUGUAGUGAGCUAUAGGAGUGAAAUGAAAAUUUAUCUGUUGGUGUA